AUGUCAAUGGAUGAAGAAUGUUCACCUACUGAACGACAAGCUCGCCAGCUGUACAAGCUCUGUGACCCAGAGAAUCGUGGCUUCCUGACACGUGAGGAUUUAGCCCGCCUCUGCGAAGUUCUACCUUUCACAGAGGAGCAGUUGGACGCCGUGUUCACGUCCCUAGACCAGGAUGGUGAUGAGCAUCUGACGUAUGAAGAAUUUUUGGAUGGCUUAGGCAAGUUGUAUUGGUUUUUCAUUGAUAAGCAAUGUCCGUAUCUGGGUAGCAAACCACUGACGCUAGACUCGGGUGAGGAGGAGCCCUCGCGAGCGGACAGUCGCGAUGAGUCCGAGUGGGAGGAUUCAUUCAAACAGUCCUUUCAACAGCUUGGUGAAUCAGGCCUUGUGAAUGACAUUGAGUCCAUUCGUGAAGUUUGGAAGAAACUUCGAAACGAAAGCCCUGCACUUCUGGGAGAAUUCGAGAAACUUCUAACUUCACUUGCCAAGGAGCUGACGCACUCGAAGACGGAAUACGAAGGUCUGGAAGCAGCUCUGAAAAAACGAAUAAACGAACACGAGGAAGAGGUACGACAUCUAUACGAGGAAAUGGAGACUCAGAUAAAACAGGAACGCGAGAGGCUCCUCCUUCAGGAAAAACAGAAAGAAAGGGAAAUACGUGACAGUCUUGAGGGGAGGAUCAAAGAAAAGGACAAACUUCUGAAUGAAAUUCUGCGGCAGCAGGAGGAGGUCGGCGAGCAUUUUGAUCUUCUUUCAACAAUAUGUACAAAAUGA